CGUCUCCUCCGCCCGUCUUCUUCCCUCUCUCUUCAAAAAAAAAAAUUCGUUCGGUUUUCUUGCUGGUUUGGUUUUAGAAAAUUAGCAAAUCCUCUUGAAAUUUGAAAAUUCUUUGCCGGACUUCCUCCCUCUCGCCGUUGAACGGCUGCAGCUAGCAAGUACCCCCCGUUCAAUUCGUUCCGGUUCCGGCCCCAUGUCAGUUCGUCGCCGUACUUUGCUCAAGGUCAUCGUCCUCGGCGACAGUGGGGUUGGCAAGACGUCGUUGAUGAAUCAAUAUGUGCACAAUAAAUUCAGCCAGCAGUAUAAAGCUACAAUCGGUGCGGAUUUUGUGACCAAAGAACUUCAGAUUGAUGACAAGCUUGUCACUCUUCAAAUAUGGGACACAGCAGGGCAAGAGCGGUUUCAGAGUCUUGGAGUUGCGUUCUACAGAGGAGCAGAUUGUUGCGUUCUUGUUUAUGAUGUUAAUGUCAUGCGUUCGUUUGAUAGCCUCGAGAAUUGGCACGAUGAAUUUCUGAAACAGGUUUCUUCUUCUCCCCCUUCCCCCAAUUGUUCUUCUUCCUCUGUUCCUGUUGUGGUUUAUGCAAACCCAGCUGAUCCAAAGUCAUUUCCGUUUAUAUUGCUCGGAAACAAGAUUGAUGUAGAUGGUGGAAAUAGCCGAGUGGUAUCUGAAAAGAAAGCAAAGGAAUGGUGUGCUGCAAAAGGAAACAUACCUUACUUUGAGACAUCAGCAAAAGAGGACUACAAUGUCGACCCAGCAUUUUUAUGCAUCGCUAAAGCUGCUUUGGCCAAUGAGCAUGAACAAGACAUAUACUUCCAGAGCAUACCAGACGCGGUCCCUGAAAGCGAGCAGCGUGGUGGUUGUGCCUGUUGAUUUCAUUUCUCUCUCACUCGGUUGAUGCCCCCUUCUGACCGAAUCUCCUCUGUAGUGCUUAUACUUGUUCGUGAUUGAUUGAAUCAUUUUGGUGCACCCCAAAAGCUAAAAAUAGGAAGAGAACAGCUGCUAAUUUUGUAGCUUCUUCUUCUGAGGAAACAUCCCACGCCAAACUGUCCAAGAUUGAGAUGGAUUGUCAUCUGAUGGGAAGCGCUAGUCUUUUCCUUGCUCUUUCUCCUCUUCCCCCUUCAUUUUUCGGGGGUUUAGACGAGACUUCAUUAUGCCAGUACUGUACUAUUUCGCCUUCUGUAGGAUUUUGUUCCAGUGUUGCUAGUUGUUGACAUUUUUGUUGGAUUUCAUGACUCCAAGAUCUGCUUUUGUAAGUCUUUGUGAUAUUGUGGUGUUGGCUAUUUUUUGCACCUUUGGCUCAUGUGUUGAAGUGUACCAAUAAAUAAUUGAUGUCUUGUUUGUAAGGGAAAAUCUUUUGGCAAU